AUGGCAAACCAUGAAAAUUUCAAGAGUGUUCUGGAGGUCCUGGCCAAUGAGAUACAGGAGGAUCUCUCCGAACGAAAAGCACCAAGUGCAAUAAGAGAUCGACUCCAACAAUGCCUGCUUGCAAAUACCAAAGAUGGGAAACUCAACAGAGGGCUCACCGUAGUUGACACAGGCUGUACCUUAUUACAACGACCUCCGACCCCUGCAGAGUUUCAAGACCUGAGCAUACUCGGGUGGAUGGUGGAAAUGUUCCAGGCCUCGUACCUGGUAUCAGACGACAUUAUGGAUAAUUCAGAGUAUCGAAGAGGAAAGCUUUGCUGGUAUCGUCGGGAUGAGGUUGGUUUGACCGCCAUCAAUGACGCGGCCUUCCUCAAGUCAUUGAUGUUUAGUCUCCUUAAAAAACAUUUUCAACAUCACGCGGAAUACGUCGGCAUCCUUGAGCUUCUUAAUGAAGCAAGUCACCGGACGGAAUUGGGACAACUUAGCGACGCAGACAUGGCAGUUAAAGCCCGUGGUCUGGAUCAAAUGACUGUGGAGGCAUAUUCGUUCAUCGCCAGAAACAAGACCGCUUUCUACAGUUUUUAUUUACCAAUUGCACUGGCCCUGCACUAUCUCCGGCUAGCAAACGAGAGCAACCUGAAGCAAGUCAAGACCAUCAUGCUUCCAAUGGGCGAAUACUUCCAGGUCCAGGAUGACUACCUAGACUGUUUUGGGGAUCCAUCGGUGACUGGAAAAGUCGGUACCGAUAUAGAGGACCAUAAAUGCACCUGGCUUAUUGUUCGAGCUCUUACGCUCUGCAGUGCCGAGCAACGGCAAGUCCUGGAUUUUUCUUAUGGCAGGCAGGGCCCUGUACAUGAUACUGCUGUUCGAACCAUAUUUCAUGAUCUUGGCCUCGAAAAGCUCUACCGAGAAUACGAAGAAGAAAUGGUCCAUGAAUCACAGAAGGCUAUAGAUCGACUUAGCGAGCAGAAUGGGCUGAAGGACGUCUUUCAGGGCGCGCUUGAGAAGAUUGCACGACGGGACAAAUGA